AUGCAGAAAGCAAGCAAGGAUCAGGAUCACUGUCAAAGAAAAAACAACAGUGAUGAGUCGGGUGUGACGUCUUGUGAUGAGUCGGGCUUGUGCCAACGAUUGGAGAACCAAGCAGCUAACUUACCAAACAAAGAUGCCACAGGAGAAAACAGUGCCCAUAAAAUAUACCCAUGGAUGAAGGAAUUUCGCUCACGAGGUGCAACACAAGGAAAAGAUGAUAAAAUGCUCAAUCGGAUCAUCUACAGCUCAAAACAGCUGGUAGAACUGGAGAAGGAGUUUCACUUCAACAGAUACCUUUGUAGAACGAGGAGGAUUGAAAUUGCCCUGUCUCUCGGCCUCACCGAGAAACAGGUCAGAGUUUGGUUUCAAAAUCGUCGAAUGAAAUGGAAAAAAGAGAGUGAGUUCGUAGAAAAGGCUCUUGAAAACGAAAUUCAAGAACGAUUGAAACACCUUAGUCACCAAAAUAGAUAUGGCUUCGGUAGUUUAUCAAAGGCAAGCAUCACCUCUCAUUCAAAUUCCUUUACGUUCCAUGAUUCGAUAAACUCCUUCCACCUUCAAAUACGUGGCGACAAUCACUCCAUCCCUGUGGAAAACUUUAGUACAGGUUGUAUAUCUACGCCACAAGCAAUCUGGAACCAAGGAACAAGUCAAGAUUUUGACAAUCUUUAA